ACUAACAGAAAAAUGUUGAUUAAAUCAACAUACGAUAUUUAUAGUUUCAUUUUUUCAGUUUUCUACAGAAUUUGUUCUAUUCUGCUAUAUUUGCGGGAAUUGUGAAAGACAUAUUUUCUUCGUAGUUUAGUAAGUUAUUUGAACUAUGGUACACCGUAUUCCUAUAAUUUCAUAAAAAUAGUUUGACAUUGACACUUCCUAUGUAUUUAAUUCUGUGGUUUGUGUUUAUGCACACUAAUGAGUACUUAAUCAACAGAAUAUACCAGGGUAUGUAACCACUAUAUUUUUGAUAUAAUAUAAACAAAAACGCUCAUUUGUCUUAGUUCAUAGUAAUAUUCAGUGUAUAACAAGACACAUUAUUGGGACUCAUUUUAAUCUUUUUACUAAAUCAAUACUAAUGGCUAGUAUUACUAUUGAAAAAACUAAAUAUGAGUGUGCUCAAGUUCCCAAACGAUGGCAAAGAGACGAUGUUUUACGUAAAACGGGUAUAACUGUGGGAAAAGUUGAUUUAUAUUAUGGAAGAGGAGUCAGAAAUGACGGUUCACUUGUUCCUCCUAUAAGGCAGACUGCUAGUAUUUUCAAACAACCAGUAACAGUGUACAAAUUACAGGAAAGUAAAGUUAAGAAUGAUUAUAAAAAUGGCAAUCAAGAAAAGCCCAAACAAUUAAUAUGGGAGAAAAGAUUAGAAGGCUUAAGAGCCUGUGACAUGGAUGGUUUUGAGUUUGAAGCAAUGGAAUUACCUAAAGGGAAUAUCAUAAAUACAAUACAUCAAAAAAUACAAAAUCAAAUACUUGAGAAGGCUUUUCACAUGGGAAAUUGCAUGUAUAAGUAUAAGACAUUCAAAAAUGUAACUACCGUGGAAACUCAAUUAUUGGACAAUACUUACUUCUUGGGCAUCAAUCUAGAGUUUCUACUUUAUGACUAAAACCAGUGGGACCAAAUGUCACAGAAGAUACAAUAAUUCAAAGUGUUGCCACAGCUCUGCAUGUAUCUUCUCAACCAGUUACAGGUCAAACUAGUACUAAAGUACUUCUGGAGAAAAAUCCAGGAGUCUUUCUCGAUCCUAAACAACCAUUGGUUCAUGCUGUAAAUAUUUCAGAUGAUGAUAUCAAGAGGCAAGAAGAGAGGGUAACACUUGCAAGAAAGAAACUGCAAGAUGCAUUGAAAUUAUAAUAUUUAAGUUAAUCAUUUUAUUUAUUAUGUCAUUUUUGUACUGAAAUAUUUAAUAAUUAUGUAAUAAAUGUACUAUAUUAUUUAUUACA